AUGUCUCUCGCCUCCGCCUCCAACUCCGUCCUGCGCGCCUGCGCUCGGCAACAACUCACCACUCCUCGCGCCGCCAUCGCCUCCUGCCAGCAGCGGAGGGGUGUCUCCAAUGCCAGGUCCAGCUUCGCCAGCCCUUUCACCCCCUCCCAGGACUACGACUCCACCGUGAAGAUCCCCGACUUCAGCAAAUACUCCUCCAAGAAGGGCCCUCGCUCCAACCAGGUCUUCUCCUACUUCAUGGCUGGUUCCCUCGGUCUGGCCUCUGCUGUCGGUGCUAAGGCUACCGUUCAGGACUUCCUGGUCAACAUGUCCGCUUCCGCCGACGUCCUCGCUCAGGCUAAGGUUGAGAUCGGCCUCGGUGCUAUCCCUGAGGGCAAGAACGUUAUCAUCAAGUGGCGUGGAAAGCCCGUCUUCAUCCGCCACCGUACCCAGGAUGAGAUCGAGGAGGCCCAGAAGACCGAGUGGCAGUCCCUCCGUGACCCUCAGGCUGAUGAGGACCGUGUCCAGAAGGCCGAGUGGCUCGUCAUGCUGGGUGUCUGCACCCACUUGGGUUGUGUCCCCAUCGGUGAAUCCGGUGACUAUGGCGGCUGGUUCUGCCCCUGCCACGGUUCCCACUACGACAUCUCCGGCCGUAUAAGAAAGGGCCCCGCUCCCCUCAACCUCGAGGUUCCCCAGUACAGCUUCCCCUCCGAGGACACCCUCAUCAUCGGUUAA